GCCUACCUAGGUACCUACCUACCUAGGUACUCAAUUGCUUGGCUUGAUCCGUUGUGGCGGGACCUUGCUCUGUCGCAGCUCGGCAUUCUCUGUCAUCUUUUCAAUCUGCAACGAGCAAGUUAGACCACAUUGGGUCCCUUCCUAUUCAGCGUCUCCUGCAUUUAUCAUUCUGUUCUGUCAUUCUCAGAUCUUGAAAUGGCAUUGGAAGGUCAAAGACGAGCCGAAAGUCCGCCGGACGACCGCGACUUCUUUCCAUAUCAUCGUGAUGAAGCCACGUUUGAGGACUUGGACAACUACAAACGUUACGGCCUGCAUCCUAUCAUACCGGGAGACAGCCUACCCAAGCCAUCGACAUGCGUCAGCCAUCCACAGAAAAAACCAAGAUAUACAAUCAUAGUCAAAAUCGGAUUCGGCGCGUUCUCGACGGUGUGGCUUGCACAAGAUGCUGAUACUAGGCAAUUUUUUGCGGUGAAAGUGGGGCAAGGAAAGGCCGAUGCUGAUCUGAGCACUGAAGCUCGGAUUUUGCAGCAUAUUCGCCAAAGUACGGGCCGUGGUCGGGAGCACAUUAUCCACCUCUAUGAUCUUUUCACUAUAAAAGGGCCCAACGGAUACCACGAAUGCUUUGCAACAGAGGUUGUGGUACCUCUUUCAUCAAUCAACAUGGAGUUUUCGAAGAAAUUCACCCCAAAUCGCCUGAACAGGCAGAUCGCCCUCGGAUUUGACCAUCUCCAUAGUCAAAAGAUCGCGCAUGGAGAUCCGCACUAUGGAAAUGUAGGCAUUGCAGUGCCUCAGAUCAACCAGUUCAAUGGGUUUGAUCUUAUGGAUCAUAUUGGAGGAGAGCUGGAGAUGUCACCGGUCAUACCAGUCAACGCAUCAUACCCUAUGGAAACCGUCCCUGCUUAUAUGGUAGGAUCAGUAUCAAUUUUCGACUUCCUGCGUGCUCAGAAUGCUUUCCCUACCUAUGACCAACAAGACAUCAGAAUUCUUGACUUUGGUAGAGCUUUCUGGGUUGAUACUCCCCGUCCUCUCAAAGGCGCAUGUCCCAUGGCGUUCCGAGCUCCUGAGGCUGCCAUGUUUGGGCCUGAUAUGUCGAAUGGGGAGAUAGGGUGUGCCUGGAGCCAGCCGUCAGAUAUUUGGGCGAUCGGAUGUCUGUUCUUUCGAAUUGAAACGGAGUUUCCCCUCUUUUAUCCCAGAUGGUCGGCCAAGGAACACAUUAUUGGCCACACAGAUCUCAGCGGGCCGGUCCCACUAGAAUGGCGCAAGUACUGGCCCCAGUCAGCUGAUUCACGAGCGCCCCCUACGGAACUUGACCCCCGGAAAAUUGAGGAGGCAUGGCGGUUGCGCCUACCAACAAAUAGCACCUUGCGUUCGCUGCUGAUGCGCAUGAUCAACACCAAGCCGGAAGACCGACCUUCUAUACGCGAAAUUCUGAGAGACCCUUAUUUCGGCCAUAAUCAAAGUAGUAAUGACACCUACGAUUCUUGCGGCGAUCAGGAAGCCGACGAGGUUGAUAGAACUAUCGGAGAAUAGAAGCGCUAGGUUGUCAUAGAAAUCAGGGAGAAUGGUCGCAUCUCAGAAGCUGAAAGCAGGUCGGUGAGGUUGUGUGGAAUAUCGAAUUAGUAGAACUCGGCCGGCUUGAUGCUGGGGAUUGUAGUAGAUUCCGCAUAGAUGCUGCUGUCUAGCAAUAGAAGAACACAUGCGACGAUCGAGGUAGAGGCA